AGUUCGCCUUGUGUUAGGGUCACCGAGUAUGUUUAUGAAACGGUGUGUCUUAUAUCAUCCUGUGUGUUAUAUCAGCGUGUGUGUUCUAGCAGUCGGCGUGUUAUAUCAGUGUGUGUUUUCACGCUCAGAAGGCUCCAGAAUGUCGUUUUACAGAAACGCGGUUUGGUUUGUGAAAGGUUUGCAGGAGUACACCAGGAGCGGUUAUGAGGCAGCAGCAAGACAUUUUGUGGCUUCUGAUCUGGACGUAAAUGUUAGCGGCAGGUCAUUUAUCAUCACGGGUGCUAACAGCGGGAUCGGCAAAGCGACCGCUCUGGAAAUAGCCAAACGAGGUGGUACAGUGCACCUGGUGUGUAGGAAUAAAAGUCGUGCGGAUGAGGCGAGGGCGCACAUUGUGGAGCAGAGCAAAAACGAGAAUGUUCAUGUGCACAUUGUGGACAUGUCGAGCCCCAGAGCAUUGUGGGAGUUUGCCAGCUCAUUCUCUCAGAAUCACGGCGUGAACGUGCUGAUUAACAACGCAGGGUGCAUGGUGAAUCAGCGAGAGCUGACCGAGGAUGGCUUGGAGAAAAACUUUGCCACCAACACACUUGGAACAUUCCUCCUGACCACGGCUUUGAUUCCUGAGCUGAAAAAGUCUCAAGAUCCAAGAGUGAUCACUGUAUCGUCAGGAGGAAUGCUGGUUCAGAAACUCGACCUUGAUCUGCAGUUUGAAAAAGGCACUUUCGAUGGAACGAUGGCUUACGCUCAAAACAAGAGGCAGCAGGUGAUAAUGACAGAGGUUUGGGCUCGUCAGCACAAAGAGAUUCAUUUCUCAUCCAUGCAUCCAGGCUGGGCCGACACGCCAGCGGUGCAGUCGUCCAUGCCAGAUUUUCACGCUAAAAUGAAGACCAAGUUACGCACAGAAGCACAAGGAGCCGACACGGUGGCGUGGUUAGCCCUGUCUGACGCAGCCGUGAAACAUCCCAGCGGGCUCUUCUUCCAGGACAGAACCCCAGUGGCCACACACCUGCCUCUGGCUUUUACCAGGUCCUCUUCGUCAGAGGAGGACGAGCUGAUGAAGGCGCUGGAGGAACUUGGUGCCCGGUUCAAGCCGCGUCUUACCGCAGGUCUCUAAAGGAGAACAAGCACCGGAUAUCAAAGUCUGAGGUUGUGCUAUCAAUGUUGUAGCAAUAACUCUAAAUAACAGCUGAAAUUGGGGAUUUAAAAUGACUCUAAGGUUUUAUAUGGAUGUUAAAGCUGUAGCAUUUUCCAGGUCCUUUAUCACAUCAGUAACAAAUGUGAAGUCCUGUUUAUCACAGUGCCUUACAGCUUUAAAAACAAUAAUAAUAAUAUUAAUAAUAAUAAUAGUUAUAAUUAUAACAGCCACAUUGGCCUCGAGGUCACUUUGUGUGAAAUUUACACACUAAUAUGAAGUUGUUUACAUUUUUUGUUGUGCAUACAGUAUAUCUUGCUAGGUUGAUCAUGAAAACCUGUUUGAGAUGUUUAUAGAUUAAAAUGUUGUGCUGUUUCAGUACGUUACAGGUUUUUGUUUUUUACCUCAGAAAUAUAUAUUUACACAAAGUGCCAAGAAUAAAAAUUAUUUUAAUAAACAGAGAAAUUAA